GCUCCCUUCCAGGUAAAAUGUAAGAGAGGGUUGUAGAUACAAAGGGAAAUGGUCGUAACAAGAAGAAUCUGUGUAGUUCACGGACAAGACAAUCCAACAGCACAGUUUAGACGGGAAUUAACCGUGAUCUCUCUACAUAACUUUAUUGAUAUUGUUCUUGGAGUACAAUGGCUGAAUCAGGACAAAUCGCUGUCCGACCAGAGGGACAGAGUACCUGUAUUCAUCAUAAGGGUAAAACGUUGGAACUGUUCUGUGAGAAAUGUCAGGAUGUGUUGUGUGCGAAAUGUGUGUCCACUGUCCAUAAGGGUCACAAUAUGUGUGAUCUUUGUGAUGUAACAUCUAGUAUUACACAGGACAUACGUAGGUUUGUUGCAGACACGGAGGGGACCAAGCUUCCUAAAAGCCAGGAAAACAUCCGAUGUACAAUUGAUGAACUGGAGAAAAAUUCGGAGUAUUUUGAUUAUCUUUCCGCGAAAGCAAAAACUCAAGCCGAUAGAAUGAAAGAAGAGAUCGACAUUAUGACGGCGGAAACCUUGUCGCUUUACCAGCAGCUCAAGGAAGAGAACGCCCGGCUACUGACCGACUACAAACGCCAACUUGAAGAGGGAUAUGCCAAUCUGUAUAACCAGCAGCAGGAAUGUAAACGUCUUCUCCAGACUGCAUCAGCUAUAUCUAUAUUAGACGCCAGAGAUAAAAUUAAAAGUUUUGCAUUGCAAACAUUAAGCAAACCCACACUGCGAACCGCGAGCUUUGAACCAACAAAAUCUUUGCGAGGACUACUGGAGCAGGCGUUCGGAACACGGAGGACAACAGAACAGUCAACAAGUCAAGCAUUUCUUGACUUUGGUCAGACACUGUCUCUCGCCAGCAAACCUAGAUCAGAUGCUAGGAACUAUCACCCGUUAUCAUAUUUCUCAUUGCUGUCUGAUGUCAAGGUUUUGGGACAAGGCGAACUUCUCAAGUUCUCAUCAACUUCCUUAUCAUGCUCCUCAGCAAACGAGGCAUGUGUAUGUUUUCCUUUGAAUCGAUCACGCUGAAAUAGAAGUAUUUGAUACGGCAUUCGUGAAACAAAAGGAAAUACACAUUGAUGAGUAUAUCGGAUGUAUAUGUAUCGCACGAGAUACAAACCAUAUUUGGGCUCCGGAUAUCAACAACAAAUGCAUAAUAGAAUGCACAUCCAGUUCACUCAUUGUCAGGUUCCACACAAAGGACACGCCCAAUUGUCUCUGUGUUACCAUGGACAAUCAUGUUCUUGUCGGCAUGACAGGACGUGUCACGAAGUUUUCUCUGGAUGGGAAGAUCAUCCUUAGCACAGACAAGAUCAUGUCUGAAAAGCCACCAGUUUCUAACCCUUACAGAAUCCGUGAAUGUCGCGUGUCCUGUAACGUUGUCAUUGUAGACAACACGAAUAACACGGCACCGAAUGGGAGAGUAAUGGUGCUAAACAGAGAACUACAGCAACUCUUUUGUUACUCUGGAGCCACACCUGGACUAGAAAGAUUCCGACCACAAGACGUGGCCUUUGACUGCUUUGGGAAUAUUGUCGUAGCCGAACUUGAACAAAAUGCAUCCUUCUUCUUGAUGACAAGGGUCACUUCUUGAAGAUCAUUUAUACAAGCAAAGCGCCACCUAGAGCUAUCGAUGUUGAUAACAACAAUAUUCUUUGGGUGGCUUCUACACAAAUCGAGCGCAUACAAUACAGUACGAGGUAACUACCACACAUAACAGUAUGGCGACAUGAACAAGUGUUAAUCCAUGAUAUACUAACUACUAAGUAUUUUAUUAUACAGUUUAAUGUGUAGGGAUUAACUGUGUAAAAUGUGAAUUUAUGGGUUUUGUACAGUUUAAUGACCCAAUCUAAAUAUUUUUUUGUUAUUUAUAUCAUUUAAUUUUCAUUUGGAUAAUGUUCUGGAUAAUAUGUUUUGCGAACGAGCGUUAAGGGAAAAGUUUUCUUCCAUUUGAAAAAAAAAUCAAGUAACAAGUAUGAAUAAAUAACACAGAAAGUGAAAUGCCCACAAGUAGUACAAUCGUCGGAUACCACGGUUGAUUGCACUACACUACACUUAUGUGAAAUGUUGUGUAAUGCAAUCAACCGUGGCUACCAUCAACACUACACUUAUCAUAAGUAAUAGUUCAAGUUCAAGUUCAAUUGUUUAUUAGAGUGUCAAAAACCUUACAACAUAUAAAAUACAUCAUAAAAUAUCUCUCUCAAAGUAAGUUAUGUCCAGCCAUUUAUGACUUAUUUAGACACUAUAAAACAAAAUAAAGUAUAAGAUAUUGCAUGCUAAAAGUUAAUAAGGUAAGGUUAUCUCAAGCUAUUAAAAAGUAGCCACGUUAUGUAACAUGAAUAAAAAGCUACGAAAAGUUGCAUCUUCUCCUCCACAUAGCAUAAAGUUGAUUGGCGAGAAGAUUUGGGGGAGAUUUAUCUACUAGAUAUUUGAACUGAUUAAAAAUGUUUGGUUUGUUUUUGUUUAACGCCCUAUUAACAGCCAGGGUCAUUUAAGGACGUGCCAGGUUUUGGAGGUGGAGGAAAGCCUGAGUAGCAG